AUGGGAGAUAUUUAAAUUGUAACUAAUUCCAGUAAUUAUGAUAAAAAAGCAAAGUCCAUACUUUUGAUGAUGAUUUAGAGUUCCUUAGAGAAGAUAAAAAUUGCAGUAUACGAGAAGGAACUUUGUUUGAUGCAUUAAAAAUAUUGUGUGAUAGACGACCAAAUUAUUAUGACCGGCUCUGCAAAUUGGACGAACAAUGCGUUUCGUAAGAAUGUAGAGAGUGUAGUUAUUUUGAACAAUGUCAAAGAGGCUUAGUUGUAUACUUGCGAAUUUUGGAAGGUUUGGAAUCAGUCCUAAAUCUUAAGAUUAAAAGGGUAGAAUCUGGACUUCUCUCCCUUCAUUAAUGUGGAAUCGAUGAUCUGUAUGGAAAGGAGGAGAUAGAAGAGCAAAUUCAAUAAGAUAAUCGAUUUGGAGGAUAGUCAUCAGCAGGAGGAGGGGGAUAAGGAUGAGGAGGUCAAGGAGUAAUCUGAUGAAAGUGUACAGGGUUUUUAAAGUUAAAAGAUUAUGAAAAUAGAUGGCAAUCCUAAAAGGAAAAGCAAUUUAUAGUAAUAGAGACAUAAUUUAUAACAUAAUGAGUUUCACGAGGGAAAUCUAGUAAUUUAAAUAGAUGCUCCGAAUAAAUAAAAUUUAGAUUAAAUUGAUGAAUUUGAAAUUAUGCUUUGAUUAUUAAUUAUAUUGAAAAAUAAAUAUUGUAAAUGUCAAAUUAAGAAAUAAAUGAAUUAAAUCCUUGUAAGUGUUGGAUUAUGAUAUAUUUGGCAAAUGCAAUGAUUUGAUGUCUUUUAUCAAAACAACACAACCUAUUUUGAGUAACGAUCCUUAAAUUAAAGUAAAAAUUGGAGCGGUGGCAAAAUUAAUUAAUAUGCUUCUGAAAUUAUUAAAGGACUCCGAUAGCUCACUCUUAUCAAAUCAACCAGAGUAUCACGAGAUCAUAUACAUAAUCAAUAAUAACCUUUAAUGGAAAAUCAAGCAAUAUGAAGAAUAAAUAAAAAGAUGAGCACAAGCGAUGCUUAAUCCAACAGUGAAAU